GAUGAUAAUAAAGAACUUUUAGUAGUUAGUAAUCCAAAUUGCAAAAACUUUAUAAAAUGAGAAAUUUCACUACCAAAACAAAGAUAACAUUUGCCAUUUUCUUACUCAUUUCCCUAGUCUCAAUCCAAUACUACAAAGAUCAAAAUCAUAAAUCCUCAAAAAAAAUGUCACUACCUAAUCAAAUUAUUGAUCCUUAUCAACAUCUUCACAUAAUCCCAAACCCAAACGGUACAAUCACUCGUCUUACAGAAUUCUAUCCCAGCAUUCCUCCCUCAGUUAGCUCAUCUCUUACACUCUCCAAAGAUGUUUCCAUGAACUCGAAUAAUGGAACUUGGGUUCGAAUCUUCCUUCCCCGAACUGCCAUUAACGGGUCACACCCUCCCAAUAGAAAACUCCCUAUCGUGGUGUUUGCUCAUGGUGGGGGGUUCAUCCUCCACAGUGCAGCUUCCCCUGUUUUUCACAAUUUUUGCUCCGAGUUGACGAGUCAACUCACCGUGUUGGUCAUCUCGGUUGAGUAUCGACUCGCUCCCGAGUCACGUCUCCCAGCUGCAUACGACGACGUCUUGGAAUUACGUUGGGUGAAAGAAGGUAAAGAUGAUUGGGUAAAAGAGCACGGUAAUUUUUCGAGGUGCGUUCUGAUGGGACAGAGUGCAGGGGCUAAUAUUGUGUAUAAUGCUGGAUUGAAGGCAUUAGAUCAGGUCAAUGAUUUGAGACCGUUGACCAUCAUGGGUUUGAUCUUGAUCCAGCCGUUCUUUGGUGGGCUUGAUAGAACCGGAUCGGAGGUUAGAUUGGUCAAUGACCCGUAUUUGCCACUUGUGGUCAAUGAUUUGACAUGGGACCUUGCAUUGCCCAUUGAAGCCGACCGCGGUCAUGAGUUUUGUGAUCCAAUAACCCGUGGAGGAUCCAAUAAAUUAAGUCUAUUUAAUGAUAUGGGCUGGCGGGUUGUGGUAGUGGGUUGUGAUGACGACCCUCUUUUGGAUCGACAAGUAGAAUUGGUUAAAUUGUUUGAGAGCAAAAGUGUUAUUGUAAAUUUCACAAUUAGCGAUGGAGGUCAUCAUGGUGUAUUUGCAUCUGACCCUAUCAAACGUAGUGAAUUGUUUGUGAUUUUAGAAAAGUUUCUAGGGAAUUUGUAA